AUGGAUGCCAAGCAGGAAGACUUUGGCUUUCCAUCGCCAAAGCGCCAACGAGUCUUGGAUACAAAUGCUUCAGCUUCAACUGAAGAUCUGAAUGAGGUGGACAAGACAUCAGACAAUGCACCAAACACACCAGACUCAUCAACGACCCUGCUAGCUAGCUCACACCCUCCUCCAAGCUUCUCAAUCUCCAACGAAGCCAACCCCGUUCCUUUUCUUCCUGGUCUCAACUACAAGCCAGCCCCGCAGAUGCCACCCGAACUCGAUAAAGAUACGGUUGAAGGCAAUGGCUCCUCCCAGACACAAGCAGACCGUAAACGUGAAAUGGACCAGGGCAGCUCAUCAACAACGACCACGAAAGAGAAUAACAUUUCGAUGACAAAGGAGUGGCAAGGAGAGGAAAACAUUAGCAACGACUUGGGCAAGGGCGACGCAAUCAUUCAGUCUUUCAGAGAUGAAAAGGCUGCAGAGGCAUUUGAGUCUACAGCUACAAGUGUCGGAAUGAACGCAGAAGAAAGAUCUGAGACCGGGCAGCGAGUUGUUCAUGGCGAAUUUGUCGGACCUCCCAAUACUGAUAGUAGUGCAACGCAUCCACCAAAGCCCGAAUAUAAUCCCUUAUCAAACUCAGAAAUACUCGUAGAUGGGAGGAUGGACGCGGACAUUUCGAUUGAAGAAGCGGAAUUUGAGCUGGACUCUUCUCCAAUUGAAUCAUCAGAUACAGAUUCUUCAGAAACGUCUUCCUUUUCUGAUGAUGACCCAGAAGACGAUUACAACCUGCUUAAUCCGGAAGAGCAAAUGGCGCGACUUAUGAAAGAGGAAGCCGGUUCCGACGACGAAACAGCAAUCGGAAAGACCAAGACGAAUCAGCAGGUGCGAUCAGUGAACGAGGAACCUGAAGAGGAGGUACCGAUUCCACAAGUCGAAAUCACCGAAGCCACCAAGAUUGAAGAACUUGGCCAAGUGGAACAUAUCAUGAAGGGCGAAGCCUUGAUCAAGGCCAAAACCUCGGGCGAAUACCGGGUGCUUGAGUUUGGAUCUUUACUAUGCUUGGAGACUCGCGUAGUGAUUGGUGUAGUCACGGAGACAAUAGGUCGUGUUCAGCAACCUUACUACAUUGUGCGCGGUGCAAACUCAACAGCGCUUUCAGACGUGGGGUUAUCAACGAACGACCGCGUUUUCUAUGUCGUCGAUCAUUCCAAGUAUAUUUUCACCGCACCUCUACAAGCAGUAAAAGGGUCAGAUGCUUCCAAUCUCCAUGAUGAGGAAAUAAGUGAUGGUGAGAGAGAAUUCUCGGACGACGAAGCAGAGGCAGAGUAUAAGAGAAGAGUCAAGUUUCAAAAGAAAUUUGGGCGAGAUGGGGGCCCAAGGCCAGGGGAAGGAUUCAGCAGAGCACCUCGUGGUCCGAGAGGUCGUGGUCGGGGCGGAUAUGUUCAUCGAAAUGCUUUCAACGAUCAUCGUCGCUUGCCACCAUCCAAUCAGUCUCCUAUGCAUGAAAUGGCGCUGAAUUAUGAUGAUGCCUCAAACUCACGUCACAGCGCGGCUUCCAUGGGGGACGAUCUCUAUACACCUCUAACCAGACCAAAAGACUGGCAAGCUACCUGGCAUCAGGAAACCCCUCCGCUACCACCCCAAUCAAGUAUAUACAGGCCAUCGCCAGCUGAUCAAGGGAGGGGACGAGGCCGAGGAAGGGGAAAGGUCAGUGGUCAAUUCAAUAGUCGAGAGUCAGGAGCCUCUCGUCCCGAUUUUCAAGCAAACGGGAAUGUGUCAACGAAUGGAUUUCCGUCGGCGCCUUCACCCCACGCUACUCGCUUCAUCGGCCAUCAAACACAACCACAACAGUAUCAAUCUGGGCAACAGCCAUAUCCAUUUCCGGCACCUAUUGGCAGCGGUAGUACAUAUCAACCAGCGCCUCCUACUACGAUGGGGCCGCCUUUCCAGCAGCAGGUGAAUCACCCAUACAACAACUAUUACCAACAGCCCUACGCUAGCAGUGAUCAGUCAACUAGUGGCCCUUACGGACGCCAGCAACCGCCUCCGCAACCGACAGGCUUCUCUCAUAUACCGCCAGGAGCCCACAUCAACCCUGCCUUUUUUACGCCACAAGCUCAGAAUACCUAUCCAAAUCCCUGGUCACCACAAUCAUCAGGUGGCAAUUACAGACACCAUCAUUGA